UGACAUCGGCCACGCGGAGUCCUACACCAAACUGUGCUGUAAGGGCUUCUGCAUAGAUAUCCUGAAGAAACUGUCCCGCACCAUCAAGUUCUCAUAUGACCUCUACUUAGUCACCAAUGGAAAACAUGGCAAGCUGGUCCGUGGUACUUGGAACGGCAUGAUUGGGGAGGUUUUCUACAGGCGAGCUGACAUGGCUAUUGGCUCUCUCACUAUCAACGAGGAGCGUUCGGAAAUAAUCGACUUCUCCGUGCCGUUUGUUGAGACGGGCAUUAGUGUCAUGGUAGCCCGCAGCAAUGGCACAGUUUCCCCAUCUGCUUUUCUUGAGCCCUACAGUCCAGCAGUUUGGGUCAUGAUGUUUGUGAUGUGCUUGACCGUCGUGGCUGUGACAGUUUUUGUGUUUGAAUACUUAAGUCCAGUCGGAUACAACCGCAGUCUGGUCAGCGCCAAAACUCCUGGUGGCCCAACGUUCACCAUCGGGAAGUCAGUGUGGCUGCUGUGGGGUAUUGUCUUUAACAACUCGGUCCCCAUUGAAAACCCCAAAGGAACGACCAGUAAGAUCAUGGUCCUGGUCUGGGCCUUCUUUGCUGUCAUCUUCCUGGCUUCCUACACUGCCAACCUGGCUGCCUUCAUGAUCCAGGAGCAAUAUAUCGACACAGUGUCUGGGCUUUCUGACAAGAAGUUCCAGAAACCACAUGAGCAUUAUCCUCCUUUUCGCUUUGGGACGGUCCCGAACGGGAGCACAGAGAGGAACAUCCGCAGCAACUACCCCGACAUGCACAUGCACAUGAUGAAAUACAACCAGAAGGGGGUGGAAGAAGCUCUAGAAAGCCUGAAGACUGGGAAACUGGACGCUUUCAUCUACGACGCUGCCGUUUUGAACUAUAUGGCCGGGAAGGACGAGGGCUGCAAGCUGGUGACCAUCGGCAGCGGGAAAGUAUUUGCCACCACAGGAUACGGCAUCGCUCUGCAGAAGAACUCCCGCUGGAAGCGUCUUAUUGACCUGGCUCUGCUGCAGUUCCUUGGAGACGGAGACACGCAGCGCUUGGAGACGGUGUGGUUGUCGGGCAUCUGUCAGAACGAGAAGAACGAAGUGAUGAGCAGCAAGCUGGACAUUGACAACAUGGCGGGAGUCUUCUACAUGCUGCUCGUGGCCAUGGGCCUCAGCAUGCUGGUCUUUGCCUGGGAACACUUGCUCUACUGGAAACUGAGACACUCCCUCCGCAAGUCUCGCAAACUUGACUACAUGUUGGCCAUCAGUAGGGGUAUUUAUAGUUGUUUCAAGGGAGUAGAGGAACCUGGGCGUUCAUCUGGUUUGGCCAAACCUGACCUAACCUCCAACUACGCUCAACAAAACAUGCUUAAGAUGCUUCGCACUGCCAAGGACCUGGUCUCCACUGCCAAUGUUGAGACGUCUCUGGACCACGCCACCAAGACCAUAGAGCAUUUGAGUCGUCAUGGCGGCAGCUUGCCUGUUCGUAUUCCACAAGUGGCCACGGAGACUGUACCAGGAGGAUUUGCCUAUAUUACGGAGAAUCACUGCCCACUAACCCCACCUUUGACCGCUGUUACCUCUCUGAAACUCCAGAGGGGUGUGACCAGGCCAACACCACUACGCUACACGCUCCCAACUCGCUCUUCUUCAUGUCUGUAUGACCGGCCACUUCCUGUGUCCAGCCUCAGUAGCCCCCAUCUGGCUAUGGGUGAACCACUCCCUCAUCAACACCCUCACCACUACCAGACCACAGGUAGACUCUAUGUAGACCCCCAUCCUCACUCACCCUUCAUCCCCUACAAUGAUCUCCAACUACCUGACAUCUACGCAUCUCACCCGGUCUCCCCGCAUCAAAACCAGCAAGUCCAUGAGGGCUUCUCCAGACGGAAAAGAAGAUCUAAAAGUUUCCAGUGUGAGGAUGGGAAUGUAGAAGGGAGAAAACACAGGGACCAGGAAAAGAGCAACAUAAGCCCCGUCUAUCUGAGUGAGCUCAAAGCCAACCACCUCCAAGAAAACCACAUCUCCGCCCCCAGCGUUGACUACAUGUACUCAGAGGAGGUGAAGUGUCCGCGGGUAGAGAACUACGGCUCCUGGCCCCCGGAGGACAUGUUGCUCAGAGGUAGACGAAGGCACCGCCGCCCGUCAUUCCUUAAAGCAACGUGGGGCAGCGAGCAGAUACGUCAGAUGGAGGAAUCCCUGUCAUCCCUGUCCAGCCAAUCACAAUCUGCCCUGCCGGACCUGUUCCCAUGCAUGCUUACUCAGACCGCACCUGCAAAGCCCUACAACCCUGCCCAACUUCGAAACAACCUGUGCCUCCCACGGAACCAGGCCUACCUCCACAUAAGAGAGGACCAUAGGAGGCCUAAUGGGCGUAAAGGCCAGAGAAUGCGCUACUCCCACUCCGCCCACCUCCCGACAUACGGAGAGGCAGUGCAACAUGGCAGUGGUUUAGGGCGGGGGAUGGUACGCAGAGCCACCAGCUUGCUUAGCAGACAAUAUGCCCACUACCUGAACUCUUAUCCUGGACUACCGCUCUACCACGGCCCCCUAGACCUGCAGCACCACAGGCAGGCCUCCAGCAGUCCAGUAUGCCAGCUGCUGGCUUGUGGUGGUGGGAGAUGUGGAAGCCAGCGAGCUCUGCUGUACCAGGACAGUCUAUACGGAGCCUAUGGCAUCUAUCAGGGAUCCCAGACUGGAUCAGAGGCCCUAGCAAGUCAGCGAGCAGGGGGUCAGUCUGCAGGGGGUCAGCCUGCAGGGGGUCAGCCUGCAGGGGGUCAGCCUGCAGGGGGUCAGCCUGCGGGGAGCCCCUGCGUACUUCGUCCCUGGCGGCGGGUUUCCAGUCUUGAGUCUGAGGUCUAA